AGUUCGCAGCCUGUAUGCAAUGCGCUAGUGAGCACCGCAGAUACCGCACACGCCCUGCCGGAUCAUGUUGGCUUUCUGGGAAACACAGAGCCAUUUGGUAAAGAGCAUCAUGGCGGGUCACAAACUUGCUCACCGUUUUCUGGUGGUGUGCUUUGUCUUGCUGGUGCUGAGCAACGGGGCCGUCGCUGAUCUUGAAGACUACUUUUACAACGCCAUCGAUGAAUUUGAAAAGCCCUAUUAUGACCACGCAGUGAAAUUAACCACAGGCGUCAUAAUUGGCAUUGGCGUCGGCGGCUUUGCAUUUGUCGUGCUUGUCAUCGUCCUGUGUGCCUGCUGCUGCUACCACUGCUGUUGCAAGAGUCGUCCGCCGGCCACCAACACCGUCGUUGUCACAGGUACCCAGCCCCAGCAACAGCCGGUUAUGAUCAUGCAGCAGCCAGUGGCCUAUGACCACUCCUCUGUACCACCCUACCCAGGACAGCAGGCAUCUUAUAACUACGCCAAGAUGUAGACUCCCGCCACACCGAAGUACCGAGAAGCCCAAACCUCGGAGUUGUACACUUCUGAACAAUCAAACCACUUUCAGAUGAAGGAAAACGAAAACACUGUCAGUUUGCCAGAUCAAAAUGUAGUAUGAUUUAGGAAACCUUGCACAGUUUUAAGAAAAGCAGGGUAAAUGCCAUACACGUGCAUGGUAGCGCAACUCCCAUUUACGAUUAAUUAACAGGCUGUCAGGAAUCAGAUAUAAAUCAUUAGACACCAUUACUCAGAUCACUGGUAAUCAGAAAGCUUCAAAAACCGUCAUCGUGAGCCUUAUUUUUGUACAUGUAAUCAUUUUGGAAAUUCAUGUAUGGACAAAGUUUUUAGGCUUGCUGAUCCAUUGAUUGUCAUGUCAUAGAAUAACGGAUUAUACAUCCACGAAACAUGUCUUUUUGGACUGAUUGAGGAAGCAGAAAACGAAGGUAAGGCUGUGUCCGAAUUACUUGGCUGUGGCCUGAAAUUGCGCAAUAGUCUGUGGUAGUGGCCGAAGCAAGUUCCCAUAGAGCCAUGUGUAAUUUCAAGCAAUAGCCAAGUAAUUCGGACACGGCCCAAUACUCCUUUACCGUGAUUAGCAGCGUUCUCGUUUGAUUUAUGGCGCCCUCUGUCAUUUAUACCCAGCUUUUUUUAUAAGUUCAAAACGAGUAAGGGUCACAAGGUGACCAAGAAUGUCAGAAGAUAAAAUUUUUCGGCAACUUGGCUUCUGAACAGCUUUUGAAAGAUCAUAAUUAUUUGUGUAUUAUCACAAUAUAAACUGCAUUUUCACAAAUAUGAAAAAAUAUCCAUGAGUAAAAUUGGUGCUUGUUAGAAAUACGACCCUUGGGUGCAGUACAAUCUUAUAAAACCAAGGUCCAUUUUGUGACACGUAAUACCGACAUCGUGACGAAAAACAUUAUUUUCCCCCUUAAAUGCAUGUCUAUAAGUGCUGUGAAAAGAAUUAGAGUGUAUUUAAGGACCAAGGUAUUUCACACUCUUUGUUUACUUUAAUGGAAAAUUCGUGUUGUAACUUCUGCAUGAAAGAUUACUGUAGCUAAAUGCAAAAAUCAUUUCGUUCAGUAGUUCUAGUUUCAUCGUGUCAGGCUUUAUGUUACGGACUUGCAUAAUGUCACGAGUAAGCGUCAUCUGUGAUGUUCCAUUUUGAGGCAUGAAACAAUUUGUUCUUUUAAAUAAACAGUUCAAGUUUUGCUCAUCUUCUACAAAUAUCUCGUUCAAAAAUAA